CUGCUCGAUCAUUCGGUCGUAAAGUAAGGUGUCAUGAAUUUGUCAACGUUCAACAAGAUGAUUGAUAUUGGACAGAGGAAUCUUUUCUGAGGUUAAAGAUAUCGAAACAAGCAUAAUGGGUGAUAAAAAAGAUUCAUCAGGGUUAUCCAAAAACCUGAUGCAAAUGAAAUUUAUGCAAAGAAGUGUAUUGAGAAUUGAAGAAGAGAAAAAUGCUGAAGAAAAACAGCGAGAUAUUGAUGAUGAGCAUUGGGUUUUAGAUAUUCCUCGUAAUAAACAAAAAGAAUCUAGAUAUCAUAUAGAAUCAAGUUAUGUUAUUUGUGAAAACCUGAAUUAUGGUAGAAUGUCUUUCAAAGGGUGCAAUCCUGAAAUUGAGAAAUUAAUGAAAAGUAAUAAUGCUGAGAAAGAAUAUAAAGUUAGUAGACAGAUAGAAAAAGAAACAGAGGUGAAUGAUCAAGAUAUGGCUAAAAGGUAUUCUACACUCAUUGGUAUAAUUGCCAAGAAAUUUGCCAAGAAGAGAGAGAAUAAUAGUGCAGCAACAGGUGAAGAUGGUAUUAAAAAGGCAAAAACCCCAAAAAUAUUUCCUGAUCCUGAUAAACCACAGAUUUUAAAUAAAGUCAAAAAAUUCUUAAAACCAGUUGAUGAAGAUUCUUGAUAAGAAUUUUGAUAAGCUACAAGUAUCUUAUCUGUGUUAUCCACUUGCAACUGGAUGAUGUAAUUGCUUUUUAUACGGGUGUAUUUUAAGGGACCUUUUUAUGACCCACGACAUUGUUAAAUCAACAUGACUUUGUUCCAAGUUAACCAACAAAAAAUUUGUUGACCAAGCACCCUUUGUACAAUGUUUUGUCAAUGUCCCAAAGGCAUCUCCUUUGACACAGAUUGAGAUAACAUUUAACUGAAGAUGACCAAAUUGGUAAAAACGAUUUUUGUUAAUAAUUUCUGGUCAUAUUUCAUAAAUUAUGGUGGCAAUAAAUGCAAUCUUUUUCUGGGUGAUUUUUUGUGUGCCAUUAUCUUAGUUAAUUUUAAGGUAAACUGCAAAUCCACACAAAUAAGUACUUUCUUUUCAUUCAGCAGUAAAUUGAAAUAUCAACUUUUUUGUAAUUUUACAUGUAAAUUUUCAAGUGAAUAUUGAAGGGAUAUAACUUAAUACUGUAUAGCAAUUUUAAUUUGAAUUCUAAAAUAAAUGAUAUUGAAUAUUUAUACAUAUAUAUAUUGAUAUGUAAUAGGAUACUAGUUCAAUUUAUAUUAUAAAGAAUGAAAUGUGUUGUUAUGAAUUUACUUAAGAAUAAAAUAUAUUCAUGAUUUGAU